GGCCUUGAGUGGGGGUGUGGAGCCAGAGCCACCCAAUCCCGUAGGGACUAGUUUCACAACUUCCCGGAUGGGGCUGUGGUGGGUCACAGUGCAGUCUCCAGCCAGGAGGAUGGGGUGGCUCCCACUCCUGCUGCUUCUGACGCAGUGCUCAGGGGCCCCUGGGCAGCGCUCGCCCUUAAAUGACUUCCAGGUGCUCCCGGGUACUGAGCUGCAACACCUGCUACAUGCAGUGGGGCCCGGGUCUUGGCAAGAGGAUGUGGCAGAUGCUGAGGAGUGUGCAGGGCGUUGUGGGCCCCUGAUGGACUGCAGGGCCUUCCACUACAAUGUGAGCAGCCAUGGUUGCCAACUGCUUCCAUGGACCCAGCACUCACCUCAUACACGGCUGCAGCAUUCAGGGAGCUUUGAUCUCUUCCAAAAGAAAAACUAUGUUCGGACUUGCAUCAUGGACAAUGGGGUCGAGUACCGGGGCACUGUGGCCAUCACCAUGGGUGGCCUACCCUGCCAGCGCUGGAACCACAGGUUUCCCAAUGACCACAAGUACACGCCCACACUCCGGAACGGCUUGGAGGAGAACUUCUGCCGCAACCCGGACAGGGACCCUGGAGGUCCCUGGUGCUACACCAUGGACCCUGCCGUGCGCUUCCAGAGCUGCGGUAUCAAGUCCUGCCGGGAGGCCGUUUGCUUUUGGUGCAAUGGCGAGGAUUACCGCGGCUCAGUGGAUCGCACCGAGUCAGGACGCGAGUGUCAGCGCUGGGACCUGCAGCACCCGCACCCGCACCCAUUUGAGCCCCUCAAGUUCCUCGACAAAAAUCUAGACGACAACUACUGCCGGAAUCCGGAUGGCUCGGAGCGGCCCUGGUGCUAUACUACUGACCCGCAGGUGGAGCGAGAGUUCUGCGACCUCCCGCGCUGCGGGUCCGGUGCACAGCCGCGCCAGGAGGCUACGACGCUCAAUUGCUUCCGCGGUAAAGGCGAGGGCUACCGGGGCAUGGUCAACACCACUGCCGCUGGCGUGCCCUGCCAGCGUUGGGACGCUCAGCAUCCUCAUCAACAUCGCUUUGCGCCGGAAAAAUAUGCGUGCAAGGACCUUCGGGAGAACUUCUGUCGCAACCCCGACGGAUCUGAGGCGCCCUGGUGCUUCACAUCGCGGCCUGGCAUGCGCGUGGCCUUCUGCUACCAGAUCCGGCGCUGCAACGACGACGUACGGCCCGAGGACUGCUACCACGGCUGGGGGGAACAGUACCGCGGUUCGGUCAGCAAGACUCGAAAAGGCGUCAGGUGCCAGAGUUGGUCCGCGAGGACUCCGCACAAACCGCAGUUCACGCCCAUCUCAGACCCCGAGGCGCAACUGGAGGAGAACUUCUGCCGAAAUCCGGACGGUGACAGUCACGGGCCUUGGUGCUACACCACUGACCCUGGGAUUCCAUUCGACUACUGUGCACUGCGGCGUUGCGGUGAGCUGAGGGCCGGCGAAAAAUCCUCGGACCCCACCCCAAGCCUCCCCUUAGGAAGGCUGGCUCCCUUAACACAGCUGAACUUGGGUCUUUUAGAUGACGACCAACCACCAUCCAUCCUGGAGCCCCCAGACACAGUGCUGUUUGAGAAGUGCGGCAAGAGGGUGACUCGCCUGGAUCCAAGGCGCUCCAAGCUGCGUGUGGUGGGGGGCCAACCUGGGAACUCACCCUGGACAGUCAGCUUACGAAACCGGCAGGGCCAGCACUUCUGUGGAGGCUCCCUAGUGAAGGAGCAAUGGGUACUGACUGCCCGGCAGUGCUUCUCCUCCUGCCAUGUACCUCUCAUGGGCUAUGAGGUGUGGCUGGGCACCCUGUUCCAGAACCCACAGCCUGGGGAGCCAGGUCUGCAGCGCAUCCCAAUGGCCAAGAUGAUCUGUGGGCCCUCAGACUCCCAGCUUGUUCUGCUCAAGCUGGAGAGACCCGCAACCCUGAACCAGCGUGUGGCCCUGAUCUGCCUGCCCCCUGAGCGGUAUGUGGUGCCUCCAGGCACAAAGUGUGAGAUUGCAGGCUGGGGUGAGACUAAAGGUACAGGGGACGAUACCGUCCUGAACAUGGCCUCCCUUAAUGUCAUCUCCAACCAGGAAUGUAAUGUCAAACACCGAGGACGCAUACGUGAGAGUGAGAUGUGCACUGAGGGACUGUUGGCCCCUGUGGGUGCCUGUGAGGUCAGUGGCAGGGCCUCUGGCAAGCUGAAAAUGUACUGCUUCACCCCCAAGGGGGUAGUCUUUGCCACGGCGCAGGCCCCCUCACCAGUUCUUGCAUCUACCAGGGUGACUACGGGGGCCCGCUUGCCUGCUUUACCCACGACUGCUGGGUCCUGGAGGGAAUUAUAAUCCCCAACCGAGUGUGUGCACGGCCCCGCUGGCCAGCCAUCUUCAUGCGUGUCUCUGUGUUUGUGGACUGGAUUAACAAGGUUAUGCGGCUGGGCUAGUCCUAGCUUCGGUCCUGUUUGCCUUGGGGAGGACAAAGCCGUCUGUUAGACAUAAAGCCACCUUUCCUCUUUA